AUGAUUUUGGCAAUGUUUGCGGGCUCCGCAUUGCCGAUGUCUCCGGAGCCUACUCCGGCAUGGUCUCCAGCCAACCCACCGACUUCGACUCCACCACCGUCGUCAUCGACUCCUAGUGCUCCACCAGAGUAUUCGACAGCGCCAGCAAAGCCGCCGGCCAAUGUGCCGUCUCCGAAUGCCACUUCUCCUCUGCCAUCUCCGCCGCCUCCUCAUCCUACUUCUCCUUCUCCGUCCUCUACUCCGUUGUCGGACAGUCCUCCCGCGUUGAAUGCAUCCCCUCCCGAAGCGCCUGCCCCGGGCAACAACGCCGCCGUUUCCAACAGAUUCGCCGUCUCUGCGUCCCUUGUAGUCGUUCUCCUCACAGCCGUUUUCGCCAUGUAA